CUUCACGCACGUCACGCCUGCCAGGAUGGGCUCGCAUGGGCCCACAUCAGGCUAGUAUAAGGUCAUAGUCAUGUUCGGACGCACGACACAUGAACAGCCAGCGUCAAGAUAUCCGGAUCUCAACGUCUAUCCCGUGCCGCGGCAUGAGCUUGGCGCAAGUGACGAAGCAAGGCAAUCGCCCAGCCAAGUCCAAGAAUUGACGCCCAGUCCCCAAUAUGGUUCUGUAGAGUCCACAGGAGAGACGCGGGCACGCUUCGGAACAGGCGAGAGCGCUGUUGAUGCGAAGAAAAGGGCCGCCAAAGUCGAUCAAUUGCUACAACAAGUCUACUCAAAGACAGCCGCUAUUCUGACUGAAGCUCGACUGACGCACGUUCAAGGAGAAGGGUCCAACUUGCAAGCGCAGGCCAAGCGGACGAACAAGUGGUUUAACCUCGAGCUCGAGGACACCGAGAUCUUCAAGGAAGAGCUGAAGCUAUGGCGCUCGAUCACCGCGCUACUGAGCUCCAGCUCGUCACCUCGAGCGUCUACCUCGUCCACGGCGCCUGCAGUGCCGCCCAUGGUGCUUGACAUCAUACUCGAUACUUGCGAUCUCGCGCCAAAUGACGUGCUUGUCUUGCGCCAUGAGGACGGCAAGACGACCCGUCUGGAUGAUCUGCAAGGUAUACUCGCUAGCCUAUCUGCCUCACAAGCUGCGCAAUAUCAGUCCUAUACGCCCUCGACGACACCUCAGCGCGUAAGGAUCGUCCUCGAAAGAUGGACUUUACAAUUCUCCCCGCCAGCGCCGCCGAUACAGCCUGAGCUGCCACAUGUCUACAAGCUCUGCACGGUACUAUUCAGAGCUUUGCACAGCCUCAUUCGCACUUUGCCAGCAUAUGCUCUUCAUCGCCAAUUGCGCAAACGCGGCAGGCCAACGAGCUCACUCAAGAUCGGCUGCCGGAUGAGCAUGGUCGAUCCGAUGGACAGUAUACGACGUGCGCGCAAUGGCGAAGUCGACCUAGACAUACCGCUGGGGCCAGAGCCCAACAACGCAGCGCCAGAGACUUAUACCUUUUCGCCUGUUCUCACGCCCGUAGGGUUUUUGCAGCUCUCGGGAAGGUACAGACCAGACGCAAACUUCCAAAUCCAAGAUCACGAGGCCUUGAUCAGCUCGAGGUUCAUCGACGAAGAUUUCUUCAAGCCUACCGUCCUUCGACCGGGUUCAUUGCCGCUGCGGCCUGGUCUUAUCACAAGUGCUACGGCUCCAACGCAAGUGCAGACAGCGUAUGGAUCUGCGCCACUACGACAGUCGCUCGCAGUGCCAACUGCUCAGCCUGCGCCACCCGUCACGACCGCAGCCAGUCCGAUGCCGUUCGUUCGUUCGGCAUCUGCGAGUCAGGAAGGCGCUUUCCUACCGGCAAGCCGACCGCGAUCAGGCUCGCUGCUGAGCGGCAGCCGCGAAGCUGUUCCUGCAUCGCCUGACUCUCUUCGAAGGCCAUCGAUGAGCUCACUACAGUCUGUGCGCAUCGGUAGCCCAUCCAGCCUAUCGCUCUUACGCCAAGGCUCAUAUGUCAGCUCGGCUCCACUAUCGGUGAUACCCCAAGACAUCGCAGUGUCUGGCGCGUCGAAUCAUCCGAUAGGAAGUCCCAGCACAGGACCGUCCUCUUCCCUGCGUUACGUCGGUCACGGCAGUGGCUCGUCGCUUUCAAACAUGCAGAGGAUUAGCACCUCACCUCAGCCGCUUGGCUCACUGCCCAGAUAUAGCAGCAGUCGGUAUGGGCGAAGCUCAGGCGCUGGCAGCUCGCUUGGCAGUAGUGGCGGCGUCGCGCAAGCACCAGGUCAAUGGCUAGCGGAAGCAGCCGCGCGGCGGAUUGUGAGCGGUAGUGCAGGCAGUAGCACAUUCGCGCCGAGCGGCAGCCCGUCUUUUGAAUCGAGACGCAGCGAGUCAUCUGCUGACAGCGGCCCUACAGCUGAAGCAAAGCCGCCGCAGGACUUGGAAGACUUUCUGGCAUUGCUUGACUCGAAACCUCAGCUGUCUUCACCUGAAGCCAAAGUGAGCCCGGCGACGCUCAAGAGUCAAGCAGAUGCACGCCUGCGCGCAAUGGCCGGAUCAGUCUAUCGGACGCUGCCUGCAGUAUCGAAAGAGGGUCUCUCGCCUACUCGUACCUCCUUCUCGCCGCUCAGUCAGCGGCCAAUCUAUUCCGUAUCGCCUUUACGAGAGGUCAGUUUGCGCGGGCCAGCAAGCGAGGAAAUCUCGCCCCAAGCUUCUGGUCCCCCUUCGCCCCGGCCAUCGAACGCGCUUGAGAACCUAUCAGCAUCAGGCGCACAGCGAUAUGCGUUUCCGCGAUACGUCUCGACACGCAGACGGCCGAGUGAUGCGGCCCUGUCAGGUUCGGGCAACUACUUUCCUGCCGAAUCAUCUUCACGCGGUUCUGGUGGCUUGCGCGAUUCUUGCUCGGAAAUCCUGCCUCCGGUGACGCGCGACUCGGGUCUGGACGAUGAAGCAGUCGGACGGCUCGAUUUGAGCCAGGACGAUCAUGCGCCGAAUGAGCAAGCUUACUAUGCUGCACAUCAUCUACCUCUGCCGCCCAGCGGCGAGACAUCUCGCGCCGAAUCACCCUCUGGACCUGGAACGCGCUCUAUCGAGAACAGUCUGCACCAAGCGCUCGAAUCUGCUCGCGGCAUGCAACUGGGUCGCGGUCGCGGUCGACCUGGCCGAUUGAUGCAACAACGCGAUUUGCACGAGGGAAGCCGACCUACCUCUCCCGAGGCCUGGUCAGGCUGAUACACAGACUCCCAUCGCUCACUUCUCACUAGAUAAUUGACUUGUUGUGACAUGAUUACUCUGC